AUGGAUCACGGCAACAUGGGUCACGGCGGCAUGGACCAUGGCGGUAUGGAUCACGGAGACAUGUGCAACAUGAACAUGCUUUUCACAUGGGACACAAACAACCUCUGCAUCGUCUUCAAAUCCUGGCGCGUCACCUCGACCAUGUCCCUCAUCUGGUCCCUCCUAGGCGUUGUCAUCCUCACAGCCGGCUACGAACUCAUCCGCGAACUCUCCCGUCGCUAUGAAGCCAAAGUCCAGAGAGAAAUCGACGAUCUACCGAGACGAAGCGCCGCCGAUGCGCAUGCAAAGUCGAAGACCAUCAAGGCUGCUUUCUAUGCCGUUCAGGUCUUUUACUCGUUUUUCAUCAUGCUACUUUUCAUGACUUAUAAUGGCUGGAUCAUGUUGUCUGUUGCUGUGGGUGCGUUUGUGGGAUACUUGGUCUUUGGUAACUCUACAGUGACCAAGAGCGCUGCUUGUCAUUAA